AUGGAGUGUGAGAGGCAGCGGGAAUGUCAUGCCUACAUAUUCUUCGGGCUCAAGACGGAGGACGGGGAGCGUGCCGGGAGAUGUUUCGGCAAGAUGUGGAGAGCUGGGGAGAGAAUCGAGUGGCUUCCUCGAGCUUACUUGCAUGCGACUUGUGGUUUCGUUCCGAGCACAGCGAGCAAAUACUCUCAGAGCAAAUUCGGACGAACGUCAUUGCUGUGGUUGCUGAGGACAGCCGUUGAACGCAUGAUCUCGAGCUCCUUCUGGGCGAUAAGUGAGCUUUCCUCGCACCCUCAAAUCCUCGGCGGCAUCGUUGCGACUCUGCUCACUCUUGCCUGGCUGCUUCACUACAUCAAGACGCGACGAGAGCUGCCGGUGCUUCUGGUGCUUCUGGUGCUUCUGGAGGAGAUGAAGCGAGUGGAACAGAAAAGAGAAGAAUAUCGGCAGGCAGAGCUGAGGCGGAUCAGAGAAGAGGUGAGCGAAAGGGAACGGCAGAAGGAGCUCAGCAAGCAGCUCAAGCGAGAGCUGUGGGAGGCAGAGAAGCUGGAGGAGGAAAGAAAGAAGAAGGAGAUCGAAGCCAAUGAGAUUUUGCUGCGAGAAAGAAUGCAGAACAAGUAUAACCAUUUGGAGCAGAAGAAACGAACCGCGAGAGAGCAGAAGAAGAAGGAAGAGGAAGAGAAGAAGCGAAAGCAGCAGGAGGAGGAACUGAAGAGGAGGCUGCCUGCACUGUGA